AGGGCCUUCGCAGCAUUAUACAUUGACAGCCAUAAGUAUGCGUGUGUUUUCUUUUUGUAAGGUCAACAGCAUAGAUACACGUAUACAUCACUUUCUGAUAAGAAAGGAAAUAAGAAAAAAAAAAAAAAACACACGCAAAAAGGAGAAUUUACACUUAAAACUCACAUAAAAGUAAGCAUGCAAUGACAGGUAUGAUAAAAGGGGAAUGUGCAUGAAGAAGACAUACGGGAAGUUAAGGAACAACAACCUUCCCCUUGUUUUAACUCGUCAUGUAAUUGAUGGCAAGGUAAUAAACGUGAGAUGUAAUAUCUCUAAGAGAGAGAGAGAGAGAGAUGGCGAGUGAGUGACCAAGCACCUCACGGGACUGCAACAUAGAGCAUUUAAUAUCCAACCGAGAAAAUAGUUUUUAGAAUCUCACUCUUAGUUUCCAGCCCUAUAAAUAGAUAAGACUUUUGAACCCUAAACUGAAAUGCAAAAGAAAAUAUAUGUAUUUAUAUAUAAUCUUGUUUGAACGGGAAAGAUGCGUCACAUAUCUGUAGAAAGAAACCGGAGAAGACAGAUGAAUGAACAUCUCAAAGUCUUACGUUCCUUGACCCCUUGUUUCUAUAUCAAAAGGGGGGACCAAGCAUCCAUAAUAGGGGGUGUUAUAGAAUUCAUAAAAGAGUUGCAUCAAGUUCUGCAAGCUCUGGAAUCCAAGAAAAGGAGGAAUAGUUUAAGCCCUACUCCUGGUCCAUGUCCUAGCCUUAGCCCUAGGCCACUGCAACUAAUAACUCUUGAGCCUGAUCAGAGCCCCUUUGGGCAAACAAAUGUUAAGGAACUAACUGCAUGCUGCAACUCUUCAGUUGCAGAUGUGGAAGCAAGGAUAUCGGGAUCAAACUUGAUCUUGAAAGUACUAUCAAGACGAAUACCAGGUCAAAUUCUGAGGAUAAUCAAUGUCUUGGACAAACUUUCCUUCGAGGUCCUUCACCUGAACAUAAGUAGCAUGGAAGACUCUGUUCUUUAUUCCUUUGUGGUUAAGAUAGGUCUGGAUUGCCAGUUAAGUGUGGAGGAACUUGCAGUUGAAGUCCAACAGAGCUUCUUUCCUGAGAACUUGUACACAAUUUAUAUGUAGUUUUUGCUGUCAAAUAAUUUGCCUUGGAAUGCAAGAUCCCCUAAAGAUGUUAGAAAGAGGGAGAUGCAAUCCAAGUUUCGUGAUGGGCCAGCCCAUUUAUAGUGAACCCUCAUAGUCAUAGGCAUGGGACUAGAUUUGUAAUUGGGGCGAAACAGUUAUGGGGAUCGAAAGGGAUGCAUUACCAAAAAAAAAAAGACAAAUAAGGCCGCAAUUAAGCUGCCAUUUCAUUUAGCCACUGUCACUUGAUGGUAGGCCUACACAUCUAUCAUUGAAGUAAUGGGUCCAUCUCUAGACAUUGAUGGAUGAUGGAUCCAUCCAUCCACCCAAAAUUUCUGCUUUUAUUAUUGCUAACUCACAAAACUCCUGUCUUCUUCCCACCCUUGUUUUUUUAUGUUCACAUGCAUUUUGUUAUACUGAAAAGGGAUCAAUCAAACUGAUGAAGCAUGAACCCACGUUGAAAAUUCUUAACUUUUAAUAAGAUAACUUUAAUUUAGAGCAAGUAAAUAUAUUAAAUUGAUUUUUAUAAAAUCUAAU